AUGGAUUUAUUUGGUGUUUUUGAAACUAAGGCAAAUGCCGAUGGAAUUCAAGUGGAGAACCAAGUAGAGGAGGAAGUGUCAAUGAAUGUAGAAGCAGAGGAGAAGGUUGAAGCAUUUAAGAUAAUAAAAAACCAAGAGAAUGAAGGGUGUAUUCAUGAGUGGUACACACCUGAAGAUUACUAGCCACUUUUAGACAAGAAACAAAAUGCAAAAUAAUAUAAGUUUACUUUGGAUCCAUUCCAAAAAGUAGCAGUGAAGACUUUGGAAUCCAAUGAAUCAGUAUUGGUGGCUGCCCAUACAAGUGCAGGCAAAACAGCAGUAGCAGAAUAUGCAAUAGCUAUGGCUAAGAGAGACAAGCAAAGAGUUGUGUAUACCUCUCCAAUUAAGGCUUUAUCAAAUUAGAAAUACAGAGAAUUGUAAUAGGAAUUUGGAGAUGUGGGAUUGGUGACAGGAGAUGUGACAUUGAAUGAGAAUGCCUUUUGUUUGGUAAUGACAACAGAAAUUUUAAGGAGUAUGUUGUAUAGAGGCUCUGAAAUUGUGAGGGAAGUAGCAUGGGUAAUUAUGGAUGAAGUACAUUAUAUGAGAGAUAGAGAAAGAGGAGUGGUUUGGGAAGAGACCAUCAUCUUAUUGAAUUAAAAUGUUAGAUUUGUCUUUUUAUCUGCUACAAUUCCUAAUGCUAGUGAAUUUGCUGAAUGGGUUUGCAGAAUCAAACGCCAACCUUGUCAUGUCGUCUAUACUGAUUAUAGACCUACACCUUUACAACAUUAUCUAUUUCCAAGUGGUGCUGAGGGAAUCUAUUUAGUUGUUGAUGAAACAGGAAAAUUCAAAGAAGAUAAAUUUCAAGAGGCAGUAGCAAAGUUGGAGGAAAAUGUUGAAAAUACAAGGAAGAGAAAGGCUACUGAGGGUUCAGAUCUAUUUAAAUUGAUGAAGAUGAUCUAAGAGAGAGAAUUAGCACCAGCCAUAGUGUUCUCCUUUUCUAAAAGAGAAGUAGAAGGAUAUGCUAUUGGAAUGUAGAAAUUGGAUUUGACUACUCCAAAAGAAAAAGAGAAUAUUGAAACCAUCUAUAAAAAUGCUAUGAAUUGCUUAUCUGAAGAGGAUAGACAACUACCAUAAAUUCAAUUAAUGCUUCCAAUUUUAAAGAAAGGAAUAGGAAUCCAUCACGGGGGAUUAUUACCAAUAGUCAAGGAAAUCAUCGAAAUUCUCUUUCAAGAAGGAUAUCUUAAGGCAUUAUUUUCAACUGAAACAUUUUCAAUGGGAUUGAAUAUGCCUUCUAGAACUGUGGUUUUCACUUCAGUCAGAAAAAUUCGAUGGUGA